AUGGCUAGGAGUCUUCGCAAUGCCAUUAUUCCAGAACCAAUUACCAUCUGUGAUCUUAGAGGUGUUAAACGAAAUGAGGAUGGAUUAUGCAUCAAUUCUGGAGGAAAACAAUCGACUGUAGUUACAAGAAUCAACAAGAAUAAGGAUGAACAAUGGGAGGUGGUGGCUAUCCCUAAUAGGCCGCACGGUCCAUUUAUUGGUCGUAGUGGAGGUUUAUGGUUACUCUGGCAAGAAGAGAUCGAGGCUGAGGUUAUUUCUUUUUCAAAGAAUUUAAUCCAUCUUCAAGUGAAACAGCAUGGUCCAUACCCAAUGUGGAAUCUUUUUUGUGUUUACGGACCACCUAAGAGAACGGAUAGAGCAAAUUUUUGGCAAAUUUUAUCUACUUAUUCACAAUAUGUAGAAGAGCCGAAAUGCUUCAUAGGCGAUUUCAAUGCUCUUUCAUCUGUCAGAGAAAAAUUUGGAGGUGACCAAUCAUUGAAUAAUACAAUAACUCAUUUUAAUAACUUCAUUCGUGAUAAUCAUCUCUUGGAUUUGGGUUUCUCUGGUCCUGCAUACACAUGGAAUAACGGAAGACAGUUUCAUAGUUUAAUAAGACAGAGAUUGGAUAGAGUGUUGGCUUCACCAGACUGGUGUCUCACUUUUGAAACUUCAGGAGUUUUGCAUUUACCGAGGCUUUCAAGUGACCAUUCCCCUAUCAUUCUAAAUACCUGCAGAAAUACUCCCCGUAAUCCCCCUUCUUACAAGUUUGAAGCAUACUGGUGUGCUCAUCCAGAUUUUCUCAAAGUGGUUCUUGAGAGUUGGAACAUCAAUCUCACAGUUGAUUUGAUUGGAAAAUUGGCUUGUCUUGGCGGCUUCCUAAAAAGUUGGAGUAAAAAUAACAUUGGUUGUAUUAAAAAUAAGAUCAGAAAUUUGAAAAAGAAGUUACUUCAUCUUCAAAGUCUGAACCCGUCGACUACAACUCUUCAACAGGAAAAAAUUGUUGCUGAUAAAUUAAAUGAGUAUAUCAUUAUGGAGGAUACUUAUUGGGAACAAAGAAUGAAGAUCACUUGGCUGAAAACAAGAGAUAGAAACACAAAGCAAUUCCACCUAUCAGUACAGCAAAGAAGGAAGAAAAACAAUAUCUCUUGCUUACAAGGGAAUAACGGACAAUGGUUAACCAAACCAAUUGAGAUAGCAGAUGAAUUAAUCUCUUUCUUCAAAACAUUGUUUCAGCAGGAUAUGGGAAUUCAAGCUCCAACAAAUCUACAAGAUUCUUAUUUUUCUCUUGAAACAUAUGAAAAUACUUCUCUUUCUUCGAUACCUACAAGUGAAGUUGUUUGGAAUGUGGUGAAAAGCAUGAAUUCCUUUGGUUCUCCAGGGACGGAUGGUUUUCCGGCGAUUUUUUAUAAGAAAAGUUGGUCCAUAGUGGGAGAAUAUACAAUCAAAUUCAUACAACAGAUCUUCAGGAUGGGAGAAUUACCAAUUGUUAGACUAAGUCCUUACUUGAAUAAGUUUAUAUCCUGGUCUCAAAAUGCCCUUGUAAAGAAUAGACAGGUAACAAAUAAUAUUGUUAUUGCUAAAGAGUUAUUUCACUCAAUGCAUAAGUCUAAGUCUAAACAAGGAAUUUUUGCACUCAAAUUAGAUAUGUCGAAGGCGUAUGAUAGAGUUUACUGGUCUUUUUUGAGUUUCAUGCUUCAUCAAAUGGGGAUACAUGACCAUGCUCAUAUGUUGAUAAUGAACUGUGUAUCUACUUUAAAUUUCUCUAUACUUUUCAAUGGAUCUCCGUAUGGGAAUUUUGCAAGUGGAAGGGGAUUACGGCAAGGCUGGCCUUUAUCACCAUCUUUAUUCAUUAUUUUCUCACAGGGAUUAUCCUUACUCAUGGCUAAAUUUGAGAACACAAGUCUCUAUAGUGGAUACAAGAUCAACAAUUAUGCGCCAUCAAUUAGUCAUCUUAUAUUUGCGAAUGAUUUUUUUUUCUUUGGGAGAAACUCGGAAUCAAAUGUGAACCAGUUGAAGUGUAUUUUGGACUUGUAUUCUUCUUUCUCAGGUCAGAUAAUUAACUUCUUCAAAUCUUCGAUUCACUUCAGUAAUGGAUGCUCUCCUUAUAACAAAUGGCGAACGGUUCAAAUUUUGAGUGUAAGAGAAAUGGAAACUAAUGAAAAGUACUUAGGUACUUAUCCACUGAAAUCUGAUUGCAGCAUUGAUACUUUUGAGCCUCUAGUAUCAAAGUUUGGAAAUAAACUUUCUAGUUACAGAUCUUUCUAUGUUAAUUCUGCGGGUCGAAUUGUUUUAUCAAAGAAUGUGUUGGCUGCUAUACCUAAUUAUUCUAUGGGUAUCAGUAAACUUCUAAAGGGUGUUACAAACCAAAUUUCACGUAUUCAACGUGCUUUCUGGUGGGGACAUGAAACGAGCACAAGAAAAUGUCAUUUUAUCAGUUGGGAUAAGGUAGAGAAAGCUAAAGAAAAUGGAGGUUUGGGUUUAAGAAAUAUGCAACAAGUGAAUAUCUCAUUGGUUUCAAAUUUGGUUUGGCGGUUCUUAACAUGUAUAUAUGCUUCUUGGGUGCAAUUAUACAAGAGUAAAUAUCUGCAAUCACUCUCUUUUUGGGAUUGCGACCCAAAACCAGGUGGUUCAAAAACCUGGAGGGAUAUGCUGUCUGUAAGAAACUUGUUCACAAAUAAUUGUGUCUGGUUUAUCGGCUCAGGUUGCAAUAUUCACAUCUGGAAUGAUCCUUGGAUUCCAAAUGUACCAGGCUUUAGACCAACUAAAUUACCAGAUUCAAGAGUUCAAGUUGAAACGGUUUCAGAUCUCUUCAUCCAAGGCCAAAACCAAUGGAAUAUCGAACUUCUCCUGCAAGUUUUUCCACAAGAUCAGGUGGAGGAAAUUACUAAUAUUUAUAUCCCACGGGAUGAUCAGGUGAUGGAUAAAUUAGUCUGGUUAAAAACUCCUUCAGGUAACUUUACCUCAAAAUCUUGUUACAAACUGCAGGCUGAUAAUGUGGCAACAACUUCAUCGAUGUCAGCUUUUCCCUGGAAAUUGUUAUGGAAACAAAUGAAGACACAACAUAAGAUUCAUAUAUUUCUGUGGAAGGCGGUAUUUCUGGGCAGUCCACUUUUCAUUGAUAUACCGGAAGAAAUAGAAGCUAUGCAGAUUAUUCAACAUCGGUUACAAUAUGCUGAUCAUGGAAUAAUGUUGAGUCUGGGUUCGUGCUUCUUGUGGAAUAUUUGUAAGAUAAGAAACGACGUGAUCUUCAAUAAUGUGACACCAUCAGUGUCCCAAUGUAUUUCUAAAGCUUUACAAGAUUUCAAGGUUUUUGAUAUCCGUAAUUCUUUGAAUUUUUGUACUGAAGUCCCAAUUAAUCAGGUUAAUGUAGCAAGUUGGCAAUUUCCACCUCCUUUAUACAUCAAAAUCAAUGUCGAUGUUGCCUACAAUAAUGGAAAAGGUGCAGUAGCGGCGGUUGCAAGGGAUUCUUAUGGAAAUCACCUGGGAAGUGGAACAUUGUGUUUUGAUUCCUUCUCAUCAACAGUCGCAGAAGCUAAGGCUUAUGGUUUUGGUCUUCAACUGGCUAGAAGACUACAAGUAAGCAAAAUCAUUCUAGAAGGGGAUGCAGAAGUCAUUCGUAAAGCUAUUAUAUGGAAUAUGAACGAAAUUCCAUGGAGUAUGUGUUCCACUAUUCUCUCGAUUCAAGAUCACAUCAAGGAUUUCAGCGAAGUCAGUUUUACUGUUGUUCCUAGAGAUGCAAACUCUAUUGCUCAUGACUUACUUCAAUUUGCAAUUUCUAAUUUUAUAAACAGAUGGUGGAUUCAUGAUGAACCACCUAAUUGUAUUAUGCAACACCUCAUUAUAGAGGAUUAA